UUCAUGACCCGAAGUUCCACCGUGGCUUGGCUCCGUUAUGUGAACACAGGUAACUGGCUUCUCCACUUCAUCCGGACAAGGCCGUGCUCCUUCCCCGCCUCCACCACAACAAACAUGUCGGCCGAUCCCCUUUUUACCUUCGGGGUCAUAGCUGACAUUCAGUACGCGGACCUGGACGACGGCUUUAACUUUACCCGGACUCGCAAACGCUAUUAUCGCAAUAGCCUGCAACUGCUACGAAACGCCCGGGACCACUGGUCCGAGGCACCGGUGCAGCCCGAGUUUGUGCUCCAACUGGGGGACAUCAUCGACGGCUUCAACACUCAGCAGCACGCCUCUCGCAGCGCUCUGGACACGGUGCUGAGAGAGUUCGGCUCCAGCCCCGUGGAAGUGCACCAUGUGUGGGGCAAUCACGAGUUCUACAACUUUACCAGAGGAGAACUGCUGUGCUCCGAGCUGAACAGUACCCUGCAUGUUCAGAGGAGGCUGGGGGAGUCCCGACCUGGAGGGGACAUCUACGCCUACAGCUUUAGUCCUUACCCAGGCUUCUGCUUCAUUGUGCUGGACGCGUACGACAUGAGCCUGCUGGGGCUGGACCAGGACUCUGAGCAGUACCAGAGAGCCCUAAAGCUGAUCCAGAAAUACAAUGGCAACCAAGAUCUCAACCAACCUCCCACCACGACAAUGUCACACCGCUUAUUACAACGUUUUACCAAGUUCAACGGCGGUUUCAGUCAGGAGCAGCUAGACUGGUUAGAUUCGGUUCUGUCCUGUGCAGACGACAAACAGGAAAAAGUCACCAUUGUCAGCCACCUGCCGGUGCACCCAGACUCCACAGACCCCGUGUGCUUGGCCUGGAACCACAGCAUCCUCCUGCAGCUGAUCCAGAAGCACCCCAGUGUGGUGCUGUUCAUGGCAGGACACGACCACGAUGGAGGCUACCACUACGACUGGCAGAACCAUGUGCACCACCUGACACUAGAGGGGGUCAUAGAGACACCCCCAGACAGUAACGCCUUUGGGACUGUGUCUGUGUACCAGGACCGGAUGGUGCUGACUGGACAUGGGAGGACAGCAAGUCGAGUUUUUGACUUUUCAUAAGACCAAAAGACAAGACUGCGUCAUACCUCCAAAAAGAGUGCACUUUCAGUGAAGACUUUGUGUUUGUGGAAAUGGUUGCUUCAGGGAACUUAUGAACUACUGUUUAUUUUUUGCACACUGAUAAUUUUUAAAAGCGAGUUUACAGGCACCAUGAUAUUUAUAGUUUUUAAUGAGAUCCCACUUUCUUGCAGUGUCUUUAAAUUCAAAGAUCAAGCUUGGCGUUUUGUUGCUUGUUUGGGAUAUAUUUUAUGGUUUUAAUAAUUUUACAUGCACUGUUGGUUGAUCCAAUUAAUUGUGUGGAAAUAUGUGCAAUAGGCUCUUGACAAUAAAUGAA